AUGGGGGCUGCAGGAGAGGGGGAGUGGUGUCAGGCGGGCGAGAAGCAGCGGGCUGGAAAAGCCAAGGGAGUGUACGGGAAGAAGGGGGGAGAGGCGCAGGCGGUUAAGCAGCGGCUCAAGCGGCCAAGGCGGCCCGAGUCGUUAAGGGAGGACGUGAGAGUGUCGGCAGCGACUUGCGCGGCCUCCACAACGAUGGACGUGCAGCCAAGGCCUUGGUGCUCCAAGGAUAGGAAGCAAGCGGCGGCAGGGGAAAAGUGAGUUGGGCGGGUUGGUUCAGAACCGUGGAGGAUGCAUGAAGCAAGGCAUUUAGGGGCGGAGAUUUCCAUGCCAGACCAAGCAGAGAAUGCUUCAAUCUUGGUGGUUUGGCGUUGCAGCUGUGGCAAGUCGGGGGUGAUAAUGAGCAAGUCAUCUGCGUAGGCGAGGGCAUUUGCAUAAACCGGAAAGUCUUGGGGAGGCGAUGCACAUUUGUAGCCGCGAUCAUUGACCUUGAGCCAUCGCAGGAGGGGUUCUAAAAACACCAUGAAGAGGAAGGGCGAGAGCGUGUCGCCUUGAAUGGUGCCUCUGCGAAUGGGGAUCGGGGGUGUGGUACCGGCAGAGCAAGUGAUGCUGGUGGAGGCGUCAGUGUACAAGCCCUUGACCACAUUGAUGGCAUCUGAUGGAAAUCCAAGGCGGUCCAUGAUGUG